AUGGCAUCCUCGUUCCCGUCCGGUAGUAGCAUGGAUUCAUGGCAACAGAGGCGCGGUCUCCAGACUAUGAACCUGCGGUCAGUAUUCACAGUGGAACAGCAGAUGAUCCUGGAACGUUACUAUGAUAAUGGGAUGACCAAUCAAAGUAAGGCAUGCUUCCAGCUAAUACUGCAAUGUGCUCAAGAGGCCAAACUAGAUUUCAGCGUUGUCCGGACAUGGGUCGGUAACAAAAGGCGGAAACUUGCCUCUAAGGGAGACCAAAAUGGCAGCAUGUCUCAUCCCUUACCUAGUCAUGGACUUGCUGGGGCACUGUUGUCCAAUCACACACUAGCUGGAGGAGGUCUGCCCAAUCAUGGGCUCUCUGCAGCAGCAUUGCUCCCAACUGAAAUUGCUGCCGUGCGGAAUAUUCAUAAUCGUGUACACAUUCUUCCUGCAUCAUCCUCCUUCCCUUCUUUCUCAUCACCAUCUUCCUCUACUUCUUCUCCCUCUUCCCUAAGCAGUGGGAACAACAGCAACAACGACAGUGACGUCAUACACACCAGUAUCUACUCCUUAAACUCCAACCCUCGCCCCCGGCCAAAACCCACUGUCCCUAUACAGUCAGAGUCUGAACUCUCUGCACUCCCUCCCAGCUCCUUAAUCAGCCAGGCAGUGCAGAGCAGAACCCACGCUAGCUCCUCAUCUCUUCACUCAAAACUAGGCUCACCAUCACAGAAUCUGCCAUCCCUCACAUCUGCCUCCACAUCUCUGGUCUACACUGCUGGAAGAGACAUGAAGACUAGUUUGCCACUUAGAGAUGUAGGAUUGACUGCAGGGAUUGAAGGCCUACCUCCCGGCUGGACUCGACCUGGUACCGUGCUAACUAAGCCGUGGUCCUCUUCUACUCAGUCCCAGACUCAACUUCAGCCAAGAUCUGAGACCAAUUUGCAACCGCCACCCCCAGCUGCGCAGAAAGCCAGUCUGUCCCUCACACUCAAAAACUCUACUUCUACCUCAGAGCAGACACCCUGCAACCAAGAGGUUUUGGCCUUAGCAGAAAGAAGUGAGGGCAGCCAAACUAAGACUGGACUAGGUUGUACCUCAAAAGUCCAGGAAAUCCGGAGGCCAGUUUCACGCACUUUGGAUACCAGUCAUAACCUCUCCAUUGCUAUGGAAACCGCAGAUGAAGAAGAUGAGUGGCAUAGGGAAGAAGAACUGGCAUUUAUGGCUGCUCAAAAUACCAUAUAUCAAGAGCAGGCAACAUCUUUGGUUAAAGGGAGUCCUUCAUUGACCACAGCCAGCUCCCAAAAUGUUCCAUUUAAUCGCAACUCCACUCAUCAGGGCAGCUACUCCUUCACACAAACCUCGCUUUCUACGGAAGCCAGCUCACAGACUUCGGCCAGUGCUGCCACUUGGAUUAUCAGCAACUCCCGAAAAAGAACAUUCCAGGAUCGGACCCAAUUCAGUGAUGAUGAUAUCAUUCAACUGAAACGCUACUGGGACAGGGGCAUGACCAGCCUAGGCUCAUUGUGCAGAGAAAAGAUAACUGCUGCAGCAAACCAGCUCAAUGUGGACACUGAAAUAGUUAAGACAUGGAUCAGCAACAGGCGAAGAAAGUACCGUCUCAUGUGUAUUGAAAUACCACCGCCUAAAGGUGGGCCUGCUGUAUUCACAAGCACAAGCUCUCCCAGGGGUGAAUCUCCAGUGGAGUUUAGCCCUGAUGAAGAUCGUCUCAGAACACCCGAACUUGAAGACUUGAAUGAUAGGGCAUCUAUCUGCCUAUCUGAAGAUAGCACCAUUGACUCACACCAUAGAGACGAAAAUGGAACAGAUGCUGCGCCACUGGCUAAUAAUGUGAAGGUUGAAAUAAUUGAUGAGGAUGACGAAGAAGAUGACGAUCAGGGUGAAGUAACGCUCUUAGAUCUAGAGCAGAUGCAAAGUCUGCUUGAAUUCAAGCAUGAGGAAGUGCAGUUCUUGGAGGUUGAGCUAGAGAACCAAAAACAAAAAUACCUGGACCUUGCAAGCUUCACAAAGAGGCUGCUGUGUGCUGUAAGAAAUAAAGAUGUGGAAAAACAGCAGGAACUCAUUACCCAUCUACCUCAGCCUUUGGAACAGAUGACGGACAUGACCAAGGACAGAGGAACUCUUCCUGAUGUUGUGUCUGAAGACAAGUCUUCCAGCUGCUACAUUACCAAGACAUCAAGCGAUGUUGAACAUACGCAAAAGCUGGCAAACAAAGGGCCCCCAUUGAUGAACAUUAAAGAAGACAAUUGCAUUAAAGUUACUGAGCCCUCUGCAUCAGAGGAGCAAACGUAA